UUCGGACCAAAAUACCCUUUUACGCACCCAAACGAAAAAGGCAACGUCUUUUGCCCUCACACGCAGCUCAAAGAGUCUCUGAUUUUUAGCGCCGUCGAGCUCCCUCGUAUCCAAGUUGAAGCUCAUUUCUUUCGUUUCUUCAAAACCCAAAAAUGUCUUCUUCUUCUCUGUUACAGGCUUCAAUCUCUUCGUCUUCAUCUGCUUUCUUCGCCAACACCAAAAUCAACUUCAACAACAGAGCUCAGAAUGUCUCUCUUCCAGCAAAACCCGUGGGCGUCUGUACAUGCGUCGCCACUCCACAAGCAGAGAAGACAGCGUUCAAGACCCAGGUGUCUCGCAAUGUCAAUAUAGCCAAACUUCAAGCUGGGUAUCUCUUUCCAGAGAUUGCUAGAAGAAGGGCUGCACACUUGCAAAAGUACCCUGAUGCACAAGUGAUUAGCCUUGGGAUUGGUGACACUACUGAGCCCAUUCCAGAAGUUAUAACCUCUGCAAUGGCAAAGAGAUCACAUGCGUUGUCUACCCUAGAGGGUUACAGUGGUUACGGAGCUGAACAAGGUGAAAAGCCACUGAGAGCUGCAAUUGCUUCGACCUUUUAUGACAACCUUGACAUAGAGGAAGAUGACAUCUUUGUUUCUGAUGGUGCAAAAUGUGACAUAUCCCGCCUUCAGGUUGUUUUUGGGUCUAAUGUUACAAUGGCAGUUCAAGAUCCAUCUUAUCCGGCUUAUGUAGAUUCAAGUGUUAUUAUGGGCCAAACUGGAGAGUAUCAGAAAGCUGUGGAAAAGUUCGGAAAUAUUGAGUACAUGAGGUGUACUCCUGAGAAUGGAUUUUUCCCUGAUUUACGCACUGUUUCUCGAACAGAUAUCAUAUUUUUCUGCUCACCAAACAACCCUACUGGUUCUGCUGCAACGAGGGAGCAGCUGACACAACUGGUGCAGUUUGCAAAAGAUAAUGGGUCAAUCAUAGUCUAUGAUUCUGCAUAUGCCAUGUAUAUGUCAGAUGACAAUCCACGCUCAAUCUUUGAAAUCCCUGGAGCCAAAGAGGUUGCAAUUGAGACAUCAUCAUUCAGUAAGUAUGCUGGAUUCACCGGAGUUCGUUUGGGGUGGACUGUUGUCCCAAAGCAGUUGCUCUUUUCAGAUGGAUUUCCUGUUGCCAAGGACUUCAACCGCAUCGUUUGUACUUGCUUUAAUGGUGCAUCAAAUAUUUCCCAAGCUGGUGGUCUUGCUUGCCUUUCACCAGAAGGUCUUAAGGCAAUGCAUGAGGUGAUCGGCUUCUACAAAGAAAAUACUAAUAUAAUAGUGGAGACAUUUGAGUCUCUAGGCUUUAAGGUUUAUGGAGGGAAGAAUGCACCAUAUGUGUGGGUCCACUUCCCUGGCCGAAGCUCAUGGGAUGUAUUCAGUGAGAUUCUUGAGAAGACUCAUGUGGUUACCACACCUGGGAGUGGUUUUGGACCUGGUGGUGAAGGUUUCGUCAGGGUUAGCGCCUUUGGUCACAGGAGUAAUGUAUUAGAAGCCUGUAAAAGAUUCAAGCAAUUGUACAAGUGAACAAGAGUUUCGGACUUGUAGAUUAGUAUCUGCAGUCUCGUAUCUGAACCAAAGAGAUCAACGUUUGCCUCCACGUCCUAUGUUUGUCAGUUGUGCGCUAGUUUCAGCAAGUUCCUUGUCAUAUUGGUUUGUGGAUUCUAUUUUUAGAAAUGCAAAUCAUUUUGGCUGUCGCAGAAAAUGAUUGAAUUUUUAGAUGCUACACUUGGCUGCUGUAAAGUUUCUAUUAAAAUUAGAAGCUUGAUUUCUAGUUGUUACGUUGCCUAAAAGUUAUCUAAAUAAAGUUGCAGUAAUUCGUAGCCUGCAAAUCCGUCGAGAUCAUGCAGUCCAA